AGGGCUUGCUGUUUUAGAUAGGUGAGAGGAUUAGUGCCUGUACCUUCCAAAACACACGCUCGCCCCGCAUCCCACGCCCCGCGCCGGCAUCCUCCAUGCGCCUCAUCGUCGAAGCGGGAGACGUGCCGCGCCCGGCAGCGUUCGGCGGUCGAAGGGGGAGACGUGCCGCGCCCAGCCACCGCCGCAGCCCCAAUCAUCGCACUAAAAUCACGCCGCAUCCUGCCUCUUGUCCUCUCUCCUAUCAGAUGUUCGCGCAGCUGGGACACCGCUCGAGGACGCCGCCGACGCAGGAAUCCGUCCGCCACAGAAGCUGCAAAAACGGGGUCACCAGCCACCGUCACGGCCUCCCUCCCCGCCAUUCUCACGCGCACCUUCAUCGCGUCGCUGUCGAGGCCGGAUCUGAUGUUGCCCCCUCUACGUCAUCAGAAUCCUGCCAAGGCUUUCUCUCAGCUUUGUUCUCAGCAGUGGGCUCUGCUGAUGGUUUUGUCCAAAAUAAGGCAUUUCAACGGAAAUCAUAUGGCAUGCGUGGAUUAAAUCUUGAACUUUGCUACUAAAUAUUUGUACUAAACAUGGUGUAACUCGCUUGUCAGUUUUGCCUCAUAAUCCUAGCUCUCAUUGGUUGAUUUUCAUGAUGUUGCGUAUAUUUUACUGAGGUUAUCCUCUAAAAAACGAUUUUUAUAUCUGUGGUCUUUUUAGUAAUGGGCACUAUAACUUAUAAAAAUGUUGUGUAUUUCUGGACUCGCAUGUAUAGUAUUUUGAUGGAAACA